AUGGACGUGUCCACUGCAGCUUGUUUUUUUAAAGUUGGAACUGCGGGAAACAGCAACAACGUAAAUGAGGUGUUUUGUGUUCACCUUGUUUCCUCUCUGAAAGAUGUGCAGCGUCGGCGUUGUGACCAGCGGGUACAUCUUUGGUGCUUCCAAUCGAAUAGCGCGUCACUUCGAAAUUUUCUUCAGGCCUUACAUUUCGCAACCGCGUUCCAGGUUCCUGCAGAGGAGCAGCAACAGCUCCACAGCGAUGUCGAUGACGUGAACGAGACCCUGGAGGAGCUCGAAGAACACCUAGAAGCCGUCAGAAAGAGGUGUUACAAGCUGAGAGGCCCCAGGAGAUGCCCCAGGGCGAUAUUGGCGCCAGCAGAAGAACCACCAGAAGAAGCAACAGCCCAAGACAAACACCCCCAGCCUGCGGGCGUGGCAACCAUUGAGGAAGUCCAGCGCGAUUUGCUCGAGGCGGAAGCCGAAGUGCGCCAGUUGGAAAGCCGAGAGGCAGCCGAGCUGGAAACGGAGGUAGACGGCGAAAUGCAACAACUGAUCGCUAAACACAAGCAGCCUUCUGCUGCUGUGGCUGAUAUGUCUGCUACGACCUCGGCAAUGGAACGGGAGGUCGAUGCUGGCGCAACAGGCUCUCCCGAAGGCGUUAUCGCCAGCCACAGCUCUCUUGCCUCACAAACAGAAGCACAGGUCAAGCAUGCUAGAGUAUUAGCUACAGUAUUAGAAGCGAGUGCAGCUUCAGCACAAGCAGCGAGGAACCAUCCCAGCAGCAGGGCAACACCAGUAGGAGAUGCGGAUGAGUUGGAAAGCGAAAAUACAAACACCUCGGCAGAGAGUGAGGAAGACUCUGAAGAUGUCGAAGACAGCGAAGAGGUCAACCGACAAGUUGAGGGAAAGGAUAACGGGGUAGAGGAAAUCAAUGAUGAAAGGGAGAAAGCAGAGAGGACAGUUGGUGGUGGAGCGUCCGAGGGACGAAAACCUCCAGUUUGA